AUGUCUUCCCCUAACACGAUUGUGGCGUGGAAGGCGCCAGUGGCCGGUGGUGUCGUGGUGGACGUACUGCAGAGCUCUUCCAACCUGCUGCAGUACCUCACGACUGUGGAGAGCUCAAACGGUGGCUGUGAACUCCCCAAUUCCAACCGCAAGCUUCUCGUCUUCUUCCCUGGUAAUCCCGGACUCGUGCAGUUCUACGAGCCCAUGUGCGCGUGCCUCGAAAAGAACAAGUUUGACGUGCUCGUGAUGGGCUACGCGGGUCACAGCCUCACCCAGCUCAACAAGGGUCGCGUCUUCUCGUUGGCGGAGCAGAUGGACAUUGCUGACAGUUUUGUCGCCACUCUUAUCAACAAAAACACGGAGCUCAAGUACAAGAAGAAUAUCUACGUUGGCGGACACAGCAUCGGCGGCUUCGUCGCGCUGCAAAUGGGGGCUCGGUACGCAUCCAUCAAGAAGUGCUUCGGGCUGUGCCCCGUCAUUUCACACCUGCGUGACUCCCCGAACGGACGCCGUCUCUUCUACCUUAGCAACACGGUGACACAAUGUUGUGUUGCCAUGGGAGCCGCGCUACUGGAGCUACUGCCGUACAAACUGCGGCAUCUCCUCAUCGCCAGAUGGGAGCCGAAGCUCUCACCCGCUCUUGCAGAAGCCCUGGCGCACCAUUGUCAUCGCUGGUGCCUGAUGAACUCGCUCUACAUGGCGAUGACCGAAUUCCGCAUGCUGCUGCAACCUGAUGCAGUUCUCCUGCGUCAUGUGCAGGAGCGCCUGAUCUUGUACUACGUCCAGAAUGAUGGCUGGGCGCCACUGUCGUACGCGGAGGAGAUCAAGCGCAUUUGCCCGCAGCUCGGUGCCUACGUGCUCGAAGAAGAUGCGGGAGUACCGCAUGCGUGGUGCCUUGAUCGCAGCGAGACAGUGGUACGCAACGCCAUUCUGAAGCACUGCUAG